GGAUAGCUGUGUGGAGGGAGAAUGGUAGUAACCGACGCAGCUGGCCAUUUCCUUCUUUGCCGCGCCGUCACUCGUAUUCCUCUACUCGUCCCUUCAUAUCCCACCCGAAGGCGUUUUCUACUGGAGAUUUUUGGGACCAGAGUUCGAGUUGAUAGUCUUCAAGGCAAGGAUACCGCGCAAUUACCAGCAUGAAACCUACAGAUUAGCAUCUCGUUUGAGCACGGUGACGUUUGCAGCGCGUUGGCUUCCAUGUGUACGCUGGGUAUCAUGAGCUGCCUCUGGACAGUGUGUUCUAGGUUGUGAGUACUAGGAGGUGGCCUGUUACGGUAUAUUUUCAAAGUUUAUUAGCGUUGUGGGCACGGGGAGAGUGGAUUCAAAAACAGAAUUGGUAAUCAUGUGUUGGCGACGGAGACGGAACCAGUCGGCUAGAGUAUCGAAGGUUGAGUGAAAUGAGAUUGCUGCGAGAGUUUGUAGAAGCGUUUGCGCUCUGUGAACUUAGUGCAUUGGGUAAGGUGCGGACAAGUUGAGGCAAGUGAAACACGUUGUAUCGAUUUGCAAACAGAGCAGAGCAUUUUGAUAAGCGCUGCGACUCCAGAAAGAGGGUGGAGGGCGACGGUGGCGAUUUGGGAAAUAUUCAUGCGCACGACAGCGUAUUGGACAGUGCUGGUGUGUGUUUAUGAGUUGUUACUGGGGCGAUGGGGAUUCAAAAAGCUGGAAGUCUGCUAGGAGUUAAUGGCGACAAUAUGAUAGACGAUGCCAGCUUGGAAUCUCGAGCUCAUGCACGACGGAUUAUGGCUCCUCAACGCGAGUACCCAAUAUUUACUCCUGGCUUUAGGGAACCAGCCGCGCGUACGGGUAGCUCAGAACAAGGCCGUACAAGUUUCCAAGACUCGGAUGGGCAAAGUGUCUGGAAAGAGAUCCACACCGACACGAUCGGACACAGCAGCCGCUCGCUCUCUUUCGAAACAGGCCACAUCCUCAGCCCUUCCAUGAGCGCGGCCAGCCUGGAACACACUAGCUACCCCAAACCAAUCAGUCGAAACAACAGUCCUCAUCUCUGUGGAGGGACUCAGUACAUGGAACCCCCCGCGGCUGUCAUGAGCCCCGGCAUGGGAGGAAUGCAGCGGCCCUCUGGGGGCGUUGCGAUGAACUCUGGAAGUGCCACUUAUUAUCCCUCAGUUCCGAACACGCCAGGGCAGCGCAAUUACAAUAUACCCGGCCCGAGACGUGCGAGUCCUGCUAUGCCCGCAAUGACGGCUAUUCCACAUUCUCCUCAAAACAUCAACAUUGUUAGUCCACAUCUUAGACCGUUGGAGAAGAGUCCUAAGUUAACCCAAAUCCACAUCGCAAGUCCUCGGGUUACAGAGAAUGGUGGAUUGACACCAGUGGUAAAUCAGUUGACCUCCCUUAGCCCGGAACAUCCACGAUCAACGUUUGAUGUCGAUCCAAACGACUCGCAGCUGUCAUCGAGCAACAUGCUUCCGCCGGCAUCCGUGACUCGAUCCCCACACCAGCACACCCUCAGCAACUCUGCGCAGGUGCCACUCACAUCAACAGCGAAGCUAAAGAAGAUGCUGAAGUCUCGUAACUUGUCGGAUCAAUCUCCCCGGCCUUCCGUUUCAAAAGAUAGGUCUCCGGGACGGACGUGGCGGAAGUCCUUCCGGGCAGUUUCACCAGCUUUGAGGAGCGUUAGGGCCGAUGAGAGGGGUAUCACCAGAGACGUGAACAAUUCCCUCCACGGUAGCAAAGGGAGGGCCAACGCUGCAGCAAAUGCUGGCCCAGUUCCGAGUUGGCGCGGUUGCGGCGAUGGCGGUCAGGCCAUGGUGGCUCCCGUUCAUGAGAUAGAAAUUUCUGAAGAACUUUCUGGCGAGCUUGAGAUGCGAUCAGACAUGGCUCCGAGACUUGGGGGGAAGAAGGCUGGACAGAAAGUGGGCUCCUACAAUAUAUUCAACUUCCUGAGCUGGGGCAAGAAGAAGACGAGUUGUACAGCACCAGCUAUGAGAUUGACAGAUUCUUUUGACAAAUCUGACGAGGGAAGCGUGAUUGCGGACACGGAUUCCAUUAAAGUGUUGGAUUACACUAUAAAGACGCUACGUUACAAGCUGGAUCAAUCGAAUCAGAAGUGUGUGACGGCGGUGGAGGAAGUGAGGGCGCUGCAGUCGGCGGUAGAGGUUUACGAUGAGAAGUGCAGAUUGUUAACCCAACGGUGUCAGGAACUGGAGCUGCAGCUGAGCGCACGCAGAAGCGGACUCUGGGAUUCGGAGCCAGACUCCGACAAUCCAACUUACAUCGUUGGCUGGCGCGACAGUUCCAGCAAUGUCCCUGAAGCUGGUCCGCAGCGCCGAUUUUCUUCGAUGGAGCUCACACCCGAGCAGUUUCUCAAGAUUUUCGAAGACUCCAAAAACUCAAUACGAAAGUUGGCUUCAUCGAUAUGCCAUCACAUUCGAGAAUCUGGCGAGUCCGCUACACAAGUGAUCACAUCACUCUUAGAGCAGCACAAGGUAGGACGACUGAUAAGCCGUAUGCCACGCAAUGUCAUCAUCUUGUACUUCGAGAGCUUCCUCAACCAGGUCAUGUUCGAGAGCUUCGAAAACGUCAGCUUCGAGCCCAACGGCGCCUCUUCCGUCUUCGAUCCGGACGUUCUUAAGCAGACCUGCUACCAGUCGUACCAGAACCUAAAGAACCAGGAAUGGGCCACCAUCGAGAAAUCCCUGGGCAGACCUGGCGCCCUGGUGGUGAACACCAAUUUCCACCGCUUCUUUGUGGUGCGCAUGGAGCUCAUCUUGUCCCAGCUCGGCAAACUGGCAGAGAACGAGAUCUCUCUCAACCUGAUGGCUGCCUUCUUCAACGCGGUCAAGGCUGUCUGGCUGGUGCACCACCUUGCCUUCGCGUUCGACCAGCCCGUAUCCAUCUUCCGCGUCUCGCCGUCGUCUGAAUUCGACGCUCGGUUUAUGGAGCAAGUGACAACACUCGACGAGGAUUCCGUUCGGUCUAAAGUUAGCAUCAUGGUGAACCCCGGGUUCAUUGUAAAUCGCCAAGUUAUCAAGUGUCAGGUGUAUUGUAGCAGUAAAUACCAAUAGUACCAUGAUUUUUUUUUUCCCCUCGGUCUCUGUGCAUGCUUACACUGGGCUAGCCACCCAUCUCAACACUGUAGAGUUGGUUCUAAUGAGUUAUGUCUGAUGCCGUGACGCGGACUGGAGCAUAUUUUGCUGCGUAUGUAACAUAGUUUUCGGUUAUGGCACCAUCAAAUCAGCGCUCUCGUAACCGUGUACCUCUUCUUUGUCCGAAUUGCACUGCUGCAAUUGAUUCCCAUGGCAGACACUUUCACCGAAUUCAUUACAAUCCGAUUCUUGGUUGUAUCCAUCUGCAUAAUAAAUUACUCAAAUUGCAACCGA